UUUUCCUCCACUCAUAAACAACACCCCUAUCUGCUUUGCAAAAGCCAACAAUUCCUUUUCUCUCUAUCAACCUCUUUAUUAUUAUUAAUAUUUGCACCAUAAAAUAAUCAUUCUUGGUCUUUCACUAUACAUCUACAGGCAAUCCCACACCAGCAAGACAUAGUUUCCGGUUCCGGUCAGACCCAUUUCAGGCCGUAUCCUAGUGACGUUAACGGGAAAAUGGCACAGAUUCUGGUACCUUCAACUCAAUGGCAAAUGAGAGUACCAAAGUGCUCGACCUUUGGAAGCCCCAUUGUAACAAAGAUGUGGAGUUCUUUGUUACUGAAACAGAACAUGAAAGGAGCAGCCAAAAGUGCUGGCAAAUUCAGAGUGCUUGCCUUGCACUCUGAGAACAGCACUGUCAACAGGACAGAAAAGCUACUAAACAUGGACAUCACUCCAUACACUGACAAGAUCAUUGCUGAAUAUAUUUGGAUAGGAGGCAGUGGAAUCGACAUGCGGAGCAAGUCAAGGACAAUUUCAAAGCCUGUUGAACAUCCCUCCGAACUUCCUAAGUGGAACUAUGAUGGAUCAAGCACUGGACAAGCACCUGGUGAAGAUAGUGAAGUUAUUCUAUACCCUCAAGCAAUUUUUAAGGACCCUUUCAGGGGAGGUAACAAUAUUUUGGUGAUCUGUGAUGCAUACACACCGGCUGGCGAGCCGAUCCCCACGAACAAGCGUCACAAAGCUGCUGAGAUUUUCAGUAACAAGAAGGUGGUUGAUGAAGUCCCAUGGUUUGGGAUUGAGCAAGAGUACACUUUGCUUCAACAAAACGUGAAAUGGCCUUUGGGUUGGCCUGUUGGAGGCUACCCUGGUCCUCAGGGUCCUUAUUACUGUGGAGCUGGAGCUGACAAGUCGUUCGGGCGUGACAUCUCCGAUGCUCAUUACAAGGCUUGCUUAUAUGCUGGUAUUAACAUCAGUGGCACCAAUGGGGAGGUCAUGCCAGGCCAGUGGGAGUAUCAAGUUGGUCCAAGUGUUGGCAUUGAAGCUGGAGACCAUAUCUGGUGUUCCAGAUACAUUCUUGAGAGAAUCACUGAACAAGCUGGCGUUGUUCUCUCCCUUGAUCCUAAGCCAAUAGAGGGUGACUGGAAUGGUGCUGGAUGCCACACCAAUUACAGUACAAAGAGCAUGAGGGAAGAGGGAGGCUUUGAAGUUAUAAAGAAGGCCAUCUUGAAUUUGUCACUUCGCCAUAAGGAACAUAUUAGUGCCUAUGGUGAAGGAAACGAGAGAAGACUCACAGGGAAGCAUGAGACUGCCAGUAUUGACUCGUUUUCUUGGGGAGUGGCUAACCGUGGUUGCUCCAUCCGUGUCGGGCGUGACACUGAGAAGAAUGGAAAAGGUUACUUGGAAGAUAGGCGUCCGGCUUCGAACAUGGACCCUUAUGUUGUAACAGGAUUACUUGCAGAAACUACAAUCUUGUAUGAGCCAACACUUGAAGCUGAAGCACUUGCUGCUCAAAAGGUAGCUUUGAAGGUCUAAUUAACACAAUUUGCAAUAUAUAUAUAUGUGUGUGUGUGUAUCAACUCAUUAAGUAAGCAAUUAGGUUGAGGCAGCUCAUUCACAUGGAUGGUUUUCAUUUUUGCCUCUUUUUUUUUUUUCCAUUUGUUCUAAUUUAGGGAAUAUCCCUGUAAAUAAAGGGUCCUAAAAAUGAGUUGCAUUGUGAUCUUUCCUACCUUGUCUGAUGAUUCUCAAAUGGAUUAUGUUUUGUGAAUCAAAAUUACUAGAUCUUAUAAACUAUCUUCAUUUAAUUGAUA